AUGGCUGGGUCAGGUGGUAGUGAUCUUCGGGCUCCAAUAUUCAAUGAUGAUAACUAUGAAUUUUGGAAGAUCCGAAUGAGAACUAUCUUGAAGUCGCAUGGAAUCUGGGAUCUAGUUGAAAAGGGUCUUGGGAUUUCAGAAGCGAAAGGAAAGAAGGUUGAUGAAUAA